GGAUGAAGAGCCGGGGAGCCGGGGCAGGGAGCCGGUGAGGAGGGAGCGGGGCUGCUCCGUAUGCGCGGCUGCCCGGCGCCCCUCACCGCCCCGGAGUCGGGGCGUAGCUCGGCGGCCCGGUGGAGGCGUCGGAGGAGCCACGACGGCUCUGGAGGGGGCAGAGGAAGGCGAACAGGGCUGAGGGUAGCCCAGGAUGGCCGCAGCUUCAUAUGAUCAAUUGUUAAAGCAAGUUGAGGCAUUAAAGAUGGAGAACUCCAACCUUCGGCAAGAGCUAGAGGAUAACUCAAAUCACCUCACAAAACUGGAAACCGAGGCAUCCACUAUGAAGGAGGUACUGAAACAGCUACAAGGAAGUAUUGAAGAUGAGGCAAUGGCAUCUUCCGGACAAAUUGACUUACUGGAACGACUUAAAGAACUGAAUUUGGAAAGCACCAGCUUCGCUGGGGUGAAGUUAAGGCCAAAGAUGUCCGUGCGUUCGUAUGGGAGCCGGGAAGGCUCCGUGUCGAGCCGCUCAGGGGAGUGCAGUCCAGUCCCCAUGGGGUCAUUUCCAAGAAGAGGCUUUAUGAAUGGAAGCAGAGAAAGCACUGGUUACUUAGAAGAGCUAGAAAAAGAGAGAUCUCUGUUGCUUGCGGAGCUUGAGAAGGAAGAGAAAGAAAAGGACUGGUAUUAUGCCCAGCUUCAGAACCUCACUAAAAGGAUUGAUAGUCUCCCCCUUACUGAAAAUUUCUCCUUGCAAACAGAUAUGACCAGAAGGCAGCUGGAGUAUGAGGCCAGGCAAAUCAGAGCUGCAAUGGAAGAACAACUGGGCACUUGUCAGGACAUGGAGAAGCGAGCACAGGCAAGGGUGGCCAGAAUUCAACAAAUAGAGAAGGACAUUCUUCGUAUACGACAGCUCCUGCAAUCACAAGCAGCUGAAGCAGAGAGAACACCUCAAAGCAAGCAUGAGGCAGGUUCCCAUGAUACAGAGAGGCAGAAUGAAAGUCAAGGAGCAGCAGAAAUCAGUGUGGCAACUAGCAGUACUGGUCAGGGUUCUGCUGCUCGAGUGGACCACGAGACAGCCAGUGUUAUGAGCUCUAGUAGUAACUAUUCUGUUCCUCGCAGACUGACAAGUCAUCUGGGUACCAAGGUGGAAAUGGUGUAUUCAUUGUUAUCAAUGCUUGGUACUCAUGAUAAAGAUGACAUGUCAAGAACAUUGCUAGCAAUGUCUAGCUCCCAGGACAGCUGCAUAGCCAUGCGUCAGUCUGGAUGUCUUCCUCUCCUCAUCCAGCUUUUACAUGGCAACGAUAAGGACUCUGUGUUGUUAGGAAACUCCCGUGGUAGUAAAGAGGCCCGUGCCAGAGCCAGCGCAGCACUGCACAACAUCAUUCACUCCCAGCCCGAUGAUAAGCGAGGCAGACGGGAAAUCCGUGUGCUCCAUCUCUUGGAGCAGAUCCGUGCUUACUGUGAAACGUGUUGGGAAUGGCAGGAGGCACAUGAACAAGGCAUGGACCAAGACAAAAACCCAAUGCCUGCUCCAGUGGAUCAUCAGAUUUGUCCUGCAGUGUGUGUUUUGAUGAAACUUUCAUUUGAUGAAGAACACAGACAUGCAAUGAAUGAGCUUGGAGGUCUGCAGGCCAUUGCUGAACUGCUGCAAGUGGACUGUGAAAUGUAUGGACUCACAAAUGAUCACUAUAGUGUUACACUAAGGAGGUAUGCUGGCAUGGCUCUGACAAACCUGACUUUUGGAGAUGUGGCUAACAAGGCCACAUUAUGUUCCAUGAAGGGCUGCAUGAGAGCUCUUGUAGCCCAGCUGAAAUCUGAAAGUGAAGACUUACAGCAGGUCAUUGCAAGUGUGUUGAGGAACUUGUCCUGGCGAGCAGAUGUAAACAGUAAAAAGACUCUAAGAGAAGUUGGAAGUGUGAAAGCAUUGAUGGAAUGUGCUUUAGAAGUUAAGAAGGAAUCCACCCUAAAAAGCGUUCUGAGUGCCUUAUGGAAUUUGUCAGCACAUUGCACUGGGAACAAAGCUGACAUAUGUGCUGUUGAUGGUGCUCUUGCAUUUCUGGUUGGCACACUGACAUACCGGAGCCAAACAAACACUUUAGCCAUCAUAGAAAGUGGAGGAGGAAUACUAAGAAAUGUUUCUAGCCUAAUUGCUACUAAUGAGGACCAUAGGCAAAUCUUGCGGGAGAACAGCUGCUUACAAACCUUGUUACAACACUUGAAGUCACACAGUUUGACAAUAGUUAGUAACGCAUGUGGGACCCUGUGGAAUCUCUCUGCUCGAAAUGCAAAGGAUCAGGAGGCACUGUGGGACAUGGGAGCUGUGAGCAUGCUGAAAAACCUGAUUCACUCAAAACACAAAAUGAUAGCCAUGGGUAGUGCCGCAGCUCUACGGAACCUCAUGGCAAACAGGCCAGCAAAGUACAAAGAUGCCAACAUUAUGUCUCCAGGAUCAAGCCUCCCAUCCCUCCAUGUCAGAAAGCAAAAGGCACUGGAAGCAGAAUUAGAUGCUCAGCAUUUAUCAGAGACUUUUGACAACAUUGAUAACUUAAGUCCAAAAGCAUCUCAUCGCAAUAAGCAGAGACAUAAGCAAAAUAUAUACAGUGAGUAUGUCCUGGACGCCAGCCGCCACGACGAUGGGGUGUGCAGGUCAGAGAGCUUUAAUGCUGGCAAUAUGACUGUGCUCUCACCAUACGUAAAUACUACAGUAUUGCCUGGCUCCUCCAAUAGAGGAAACGCAGAAAAUUCUCGAUCUGAGAAAGACAGGAGUGUUGAAAGGGAUCGAACAGUAGGUUUAAAUACCUAUCAUCAAGCUGCAGAGAGUACUGGCAAUUCCUCUAAGAGAAUAGGAAUGCAGAUUUCUACUGCUGCAGCUCAGAUUGCCAAAGUUAUGGAAGAAGUGACAAGCAUGCACAUUCCACAGGAAGACAGAAGUUCUGGUUCCACUUCUGAAGUACACUGUUUGACAGAAGACAGAAAUGGCCAGAGGAGGUCAGCCUCUGCCCAUACUCACUCAAAUACAUACUUUCCAAAAUCCGAGAACUCAAACAGGACAUGUUCUGUGCCGUAUACAAAAAUGGAAUACAAAAGAGCUUCAAAUGAUAGUUUAAAUAGUGUCAGCAGUAGUGAUGGCUAUGGUAAAAGAGGCCAAAUGAAACCUUCCAUUGAGUCUUACUCCGAAGAUGAUGAAAGUAAAUUCUGUAGUUAUGGCCAAUAUCCAGCUGACUUGGCACACAAGAUUCAUAGUGCAAAUCACAUGGAUGACAAUGAUGAAGAACUAGACACUCCUAUUAAUUAUAGUCUUAAAUACUCAGAUGAGCAGUUAAAUUCUGGAAGGCAAAGUCCAUCCCAGAAUGAAAGAUGGGCAAGGCCUAAACAUAUAAUAGAUGAUGAAAUGAAACAAAAUGAGCAAAGACAGUCAAGGAACCAAAACGCAGCCUACCCUGUGUAUACUGAAAGUGGAGAGGAUAAACACAUUAAAUAUCAGACACCUUUCGGACAGCAGGAGUGUGUUUCUUCCUUUAGAUCAAGAGGAUCCAGUGGCUCAGAUCAGAACAGAGUAGGCCCAACUCUUGGAAUGAAUCAGAAAGUAAACCAGUCCUUGUGCCAGGUUGAUGAUUAUGAUGAUGAUAAGCCAACCAACUAUAGUGAACGUUAUUCUGAGGAGGAACAACAUGAAGAGGAAGACAGACCAACUAAUUACAGCAUAAAGUACAAUGAAGAGGAACAUCAUGUUGAUCAGCCUAUUGAUUAUAGUUUAAAAUAUUCAACAGAGGUUCCAGCACCUUCUCAGAAGCCCUCUUUUACUUUUCCAAAGACUACUUCAGUGCAACUCAAUAAAACUGACCAUAUUCCCCCAAGCAGUGGGAGCACAUCAGCCCCAUCAGCUGGUUCAAAGAGGCAGAACCAGCUUCACCCAAGCUCUGCACAGAGCAGAAGUGGUCAUGCACAGAAGACCGCCUCCUGUAAGACUCCCUCUAUUAAUCAGGAAACUAUACAAACUUACUGCGUGGAAGAUACCCCAAUAUGUUUUUCAAGGUGUAGCUCUUUGUCAUCCUUGUCAUCAGCUGAAGAUGAAAUAGGACGUGAUCAAUCCACACGUGGCACUGAUGCCAAUAACACAUUGCAGAUUGCAGAACUGAAGGAUAACAGUGGGGCUCUACCUACAGAAUGUGCAGCAAGUGAAAUUACAUCAACAGCACAGCACAUCAGAACAAAAUCCACUAGACUUCAGACUUCUAGCUUGUCUCCUUCUGAUUCCUCUAGACAUAAAGCUGUUGAAUUUUCUUCAGGUGCCAAAUCUCCCUCAAAGAGUGGUGCCCAAACUCCUAAAAGCCCACCAGAACAUUAUGUACAGGAAACACCACUCAUGUUCAGCAGAUGUACUUCUGUAAGUUCCCUGGAUAGUUUUGAAAGCCGUUCAAUCGCUAGUUCAGUUCAAAGUGAGCCUUGCAGUGGAAUAGUAAGUGGUAUUAUAAGUCCCAGUGACCUUCCAGACAGCCCUGGACAAACAAUGCCUCCAAGCAGAAGUAAAACACCACCGCCUGCUCAAGGAGUUCAAGUAAAAAGAGAGGGACCUAAAGGAAAAGCAACCACUACAGAGAAGAGAGAGCCUGGUCCUAGACAGGCAGCUGUAAAUGCAGCUGUUCAAAGAGUACAGGUACUGCCAGAUGCUGAUACACUAUUACAUUUUGCCACAGAAAGCACACCAGAUGGGUUUUCUUGCUCUUCUAGCCUGAGCGCUCUGAGCCUUGACGAGCCAUUUAUACAGAAGGAUGCAGAGUUAAGAAUUAUGCCUCCAGUUCAUGAAAACGAGCAUGGUAACGAAGCAGAACCUGAACAGCCAGAGGAUACAAAGGAUAACCAAGAGAAGAAACCAGAGAAGCCACCUGAAGCAGAAAAAGACAUUCUGGAUGAUUCUGAUGACGAUAUUGAAAUACUGGAAGCGUGUAUUAUUUCUGCAAUGCCAACGAAGUCUUCACGUAAAGCCAAAAAGCCUUCUCAAGCAUCUGCUCCAAAAAUACCUCCUCCUGUAGCCAGAAAGCCUAGCCAGUUGCCAGUUUACAAACUUUUGCCUUCACAAAGCAGAUUGCAAUCACAAAAGCACGUGACUUUUACACCAGGAGAUGAUAUGCCACGGGUAUAUUGUGUUGAGGGUACACCAAUAAAUUUUUCAACAGCUACAUCUCUGAGUGACCUGACAAUAGAAUCCCCCCCGAGUGAGCUGGCCAAUGCAGACAAUGUCGGUGUGGGAGCAGAGUCAGGGGAGUUUGAAAAGCGGGACACCAUUCCUACAGAAGGCAGAAGUACUGAUGAUUCUCAGAGAGCAAAAAGCUCAGCUGUGACUCCCCUUGGCCUGGAUGACGACAAAACAGAAGAGGGUGACAUUUUGGCUGAGUGCAUUAACUCAGCUAUGCCAAAAGGAAAAAGUCACAAACCUUUCAGAGUGAAGAAGAUAAUGGAUCAAAUUCAACAAGCAUCUUCAUCUCCAAGUAAUAAAAACCAACCAGAAGGUGAGAAAAAGAAGCCAACAUCACCAGUAAAGCCUGUUUCCCAAAACAAUGAAUAUAGAGCACGUGUGCGAAAAAGCAUAGAACCCAAAAGCAAUGCUAGUAAUGAAAGAGGCUAUCCAGAGAAUAGAGAUGCAAAGAAACAGAAUCUUAAAAAUAAUUCAAGAGAGUUUCAUGACAAAUUGCCAAAUAAUGAAGAGCGUGUAAGAGGAAGCUUUGCAUUUGAUUCCCCUCAUCAUUAUACACCUAUUGAGGGAACUCCUUACUGUUUUUCACGGAAUGAUUCCCUGAGUUCUUUAGAUUUUGAUGAUGAUGAUGUUGACCUUUCAAGGGAGAAGGCAGAAUUAAGAAAAGGAAAAGAAGGAAGGGAAAUUGAAAGUAAAGAGUGCUCUAAUGCAGAGCAAUCUUCAAAUCAGCAACCAAGUAACAGGACACAAGUUUGUCAAAAACACCCAGUGGGCAGAAGCCAGACAAAAACUUUCUCUCAGCCAACUAAAGACAUUCCAGACAGAGGAGCAGCUACAGAUGAGAAAAUGCAGAAUUUUGCUAUUGAAAACACACCUGUUUGUUUUUCUCGCAAUUCAUCUCUUAGCUCCCUCAGUGAUAUUGAUCAAGAAAACAAUAACAGCAAAGAAGGGGAACCUGCAAAAUGUUCUGAGGCUCCCGAGCCACAGGUGGAAUCCAACAGACCACAGACUUCUGGUUAUGCACCUAAAUCAUUUCAUGUUGAAGAUACUCCUGUGUGCUUCUCUAGAAACAGCUCUCUGAGUUCUCUUAGCAUUGACUCAGAAGAUGAUCUUCUGCAGGAAUGCAUUAGUUCUGCUAUGCCUAAAAAGAAAAAGCCCUCAAGAAUGAAGAGUGAUGGUGAAAAAAAUAAUUCCAGAAACACAGGUGGUAUACUAGCUGAAGAUUUAACACUGGAUUUAAGAGAGAUACAAAGGCCAGAUUCAGAACAUGGUUUUUCACCCGAUUCAGAAAACUUUGACUGGAAAGCUAUACAAGAAGGUGCAAAUUCUAUAGUUAGUAGCUUGCAUCAAGCUGCAGCUGCUGCAUCACUGUCUAGACAAGCUUCAUCAGACUCUGACUCUAUCCUUUCACUAAAAUCUGGUAUUUCGCUAGGGUCACCAUUUCAUCUUACCCCAGACCAAGAAGAAAAACCUUUCACUAGUAAUAAAGGUCCAAGAAUUAUUAAGCCAGGAGAGAAGAGUACACUGGAGUCUAAAAAAGUAGAAUCAGAAAGUAGGGGAAUCAAAGGAGGGAAGAAAGUGUAUAAAAGUAUGAUCACAGGAAAAGCACGCUCUAAUUCAGAAGUUUCAAGUUUGAAGCAACCACAACAGACAAGCGUGCCUUCAAUUUCACGUGGUAGAACAAUGAUCCAUAUUCCAGGACUUCGAAAUAGUUCUUCAAGUACUAGUCCUGUUUCCAAAAAAGGACCCCCACUCAAAAACAUGAACUCCAAAAGUCCCAGUGAAGGCCAAAGUUUGACUAGUUCUCCAAGAGGAGCCAAAUCAUCAGUGAAACCUGAGCCAGCUCCUGUGACUAGGCAGCCAUCAGGGUUGAACCAGAGUGGAUCAAGUAAAGGACCUUCUAGAUCAGGAUCUAGAGACUCCACUCCUUCUAGACCUCAACAGCAGCCAUUAAGUAGGCCUCUGCAAUCUCCUGGACGAAAUUCCAUUUCCCCAGGAAGAAAUGGUAUCAGUCCUCCCAACAAACUGUCACAGUUGCCAAGAACAUCAUCUCCUAGCACAGCUUCAACUAAAUCCUCAAGUUCAGGCAGAAUGUCAUACACACCACCAGGAAGGCAGAUGAGCCAGCAAAACCUUACAAAGCAAACUGCCUUACCUAAGAGUACCAGUAGCAUUCCACGAAGUGAGUCUGCUUCAAAGGGGUUAAACCAAACUCUCAACACCAGUGGAUCAAACAAAAAGACUGACCUAUCCAGAAUGCCAUCCACAAAGUCUAGUGGAAGUGAAUCUGACAGAUCUGAGAGACCUGUUCUCGUUCGUCAGUCAACUUUUAUUAAAGAGGCUCCGAGCCCGACUCUGAGACGGAAAUUAGAAGAGUCAGCUUCAUUUGAAUCUCUGUCACCUUCCAGGCCAGAUUCUCCCACAAGGUCCCAACUGCAGACCCCAGUUUUAAGUCCUUCUCUUCCUGAUAUGUCUUUAUCCACUCAUUCACCUGCCCAGAGUAGUGGUUGGCGAAAAUUAGCUCCUAAUCAGAGCCCUACCAUAGAAUAUGAUGGGAGACCAGCAAAGCGUCAUGACAUAGCUCGUUCCCAUUCUGAGAGUCCGUCUAGGCUGCUGAUCAACCGAUCAGGAACAUGGAAGCGUGAGCACAGUAAGCAUUCCUCAUCACUUCCUCGUGUAAGCACUUGGCGAAGAACUGGAAGUUCCUCCUCAAUCCUGUCAGCUUCUUCAGAAUCCAGUGAAAAGGCAAAAAGUGAAGAUGAAAAGCAGCAUGGAGGUUCCCUCCCUGGACACAAGCAAAGUAAAGAAAGCCAAGCACCAGCAAAAGGUACUUGGAGAAAAAUAAAAGAAAAUGAAAUUCCUCAGAUAAUGAAUGAUCCUCAGCAUUCUUCUUCGGGUGCCACAAAUGGCUCUGAUUCCAAAACCCUCAUCUAUCAGAUGGCUCCAGCUGUCUCUAAGACAGAGGAUGUGUGGGUGAGGAUAGAGGAUUGCCCAAUUAACAACCCUCGAUCUGGAAGGUCCCCAACUGGAAAUACUCCCCCUGUUAUUGACAGUAUUUCAGAGAAAGGGGGUGUGAAUGGUAGAGAUCCUAAAGAGAUUCAAGAAAAGCAAACCCCAGGGAAUGGAGGUGUUCCUGUUCGUACCGUUGGCUUAGAAAACCGUCUGAACUCUUUCUUUCAGAUAGACAGUCCAGACAAGAAAGGCACUGAAACAAAGCCUCUGCAGAAUAAUGCCGUUCCUGCACCAGAAAUUAACGAAAGUACUGUUAGUGAGCGUACUCCAUUCAGUUCCAGUAGCUCAAGCAAGCACAGCUCCCCCAUUGGUGCUGUGGCAGCAAGGGUGACUCCUUUCAACUACAACCCGAGCCGCAGGAAGAGCAGCGUGGACAAUAGUUCUGCUCGGCCCUCACAGAUACCAACCCCAGUGAAUAACAGCACCAAGAAACGUGACACCAAGUCUGAAAACACUGACUCCAGUGGAACACAAAGCCCUAAACGUCACUCUGGCUCUUACCUGGUAACUUCUGUUUAAGUGCAACAAAAAAAAAAAAAAAAAAAAAAAAAAAAAAAAAAAAAAGUAAAA